GAAAAAUAAAAAGAAACAAAUGUAAAAAUAAGCAAUGACAUCACGGAGAAAUAAGAUGUCAUAUGAAAAUACAUAAAUCGGAAUCAAACGACAGCAGUGACAAUAAGUAUGCCUAAUCUGUAAAUUAUUGUUGGACGUGGUUUAAACUGUUGCAGUAGUGUAACGCAUCAUGAAUCGUGAUGCGGUGUGCGCAGUGUUGUGCUUGGUGUUGACAUUCGUCGAAGCACUUGAAAAUGGACUGGCUCGCACACCCCCUAUGGGGUGGUUGUCUUGGGAGAGGUUUCGGUGUAACACCGAUUGUAAAAACGAUCCCGAUAACUGCAUUAGUGAAAACUUAUUCCGGACUAUGACAGACCUCGUGGUUUCUGAGGGCUAUGCUGCACUAGGAUAUGAAUUUAUAAACAUUGAUGACUGCUGGUUGGAGAAAGAGAGGAGUUUGAGUGGACAGCUUGUUCCUGAUCGUAGCCGCUUUCCAAGUGGGCUACAUGAUCUUUCAGACUAUAUACAUUCAAAAGGCCUCAAAUUCGGCAUCUAUGAGGACUAUGGAAAUUAUACUUGUGCAGGCUAUCCUGGAAUUUUGGGUUACUUGGAAACUGAUGCACAAACAUUUGCUGACUGGAAUGUUGAUUAUGUCAAACUUGAUGGUUGUUAUUCUCAUCCCAGGGAGAUGGACAGAGGUUACCCGGAGUUUGGUUACUACCUGAACAGGACUGGAAGGCCAAUGAUCUAUUCUUGUAGUUGGCCUGUUUAUCAGAUCUAUGCAGGAAUGUCGCCAAACUUUUCUUCCAUUAUAGAACACUGUAAUUUGUGGCGAAAUUUUGAUGAUAUCCAGGACUCAUGGGCAAGUGUUGAAAGUAUUAUCGAUUAUUAUGGAAAUAAUCAAGACAUAAUUGUGCCCAAUGCUGGUCCAGGUCAUUGGAAUGACCCUGAUAUGCUUAUUAUCGGGAACUUUGGCCUUAGUUAUGAGCAAAGCAAAACUCAGAUGGCGAUUUGGGCCAUCCUUGCCGCGCCUCUUUUGAUGUCAGUUGACCUGCGCACUAUUCGUCCUGAGUACAAAGCAAUAUUACAGAACAAGAAAAUUAUAGCUGUUGAUCAAGAUCCAUUGGGCAUACAAGGUCGAAGAAUAUACAAGCACAAUGGUAUUGAGAUAUGGGCUCGGCCAAUUACUCCAGUCUAUCAAAACUAUUUUUCGUAUGCUGUGGCUUUUCUUAACCGUAGGACUGAUGGAACACCAUCAGAUGUUGCAGUUACCCUAAGAGAGCUGGGCCUCUCUUACCCUGGUGGAUACACAGUUGAGGACCUCUAUGAAGAUGUCAACUAUGGCACUCUUGUGCCAAACACAAAGAUUAAAGUGAAGGUGAACCCAUCAGGUGUUGUGAUUCUCCGAGCUGACGUCCAACCAUCAUUCGAACCAUCUACGGCAAGACAAUCCUUCAUUCAGCAAAGGACACCCUAUGAUCCCUACAGUAUCUUUCAACCGAGACCUAAUAGUUUUAUAUAGUGUACAUAAAAAGCCUAUUUAAGGCCAAGCCUGACGCGUUACAGUGAAAAUGAAGUACAAUAACGUUUAUAAAAGAAAGGUCUUUGUGAAUUAUUAUUUCCUCAUUAUGUGGCCAAAGUCUUUCUUUAAGUACAGUAUCAUUUUUUGUACCCACAGCAAGGACUCAAUGAUAAUGUGAUAGGUUCCAUGAAUGAGUAUUUUUUGUUAUUUAUUUGUAGUUUUAAAUACUACCAAGUGUGUGUGCGCUCUUGGCUGCAAUAUAGACUACGUACAGAACAUGCUACGUGAUCAUUCAAAAUACGAAAAGAACAUCAUUUUAUUUUUGACACUUGAUUGGAAAUAAGAUCUGUAUCUCUACAUAGAGGGUGACUUCCUACUGCUGUCUUUUCACCUAGUCUGUGCAGACAUGCGAGCACUAGGAUGUAUCCAAAGCUCAAAUGCUGAAGGAAGUUUGUAUCUACUUGAAUCAAUACUUUCAAGAAAUGCAGUGCCACUGAAUAUUUCUCAAGUUAUUAAAAUGUGAUAUUUAAUGUACAGUUCAUUAUAUGGUGCAGCUCACUGAACAUUUUACUGGCCAUGAUCACAUUCUUGCAUAUCUACUCAAGAAAAGAUAUUUCUUUGAGAUUGAAAAUAUUUCUUCCAUGCUGUGAAAAGCUUCUGUAUAUGUUUAACUGUUAUGACUUAUGUGGUAUGUGACCUACUUGCCUGAAAUUAUCUAUUAAACCAUGUACAAAAACUUCAACAAAUCCAUGUAUGUAUAGUUUAGUAGAAAACCAAGACGUUUAUUUUGUCUGUUUCUUUUAAAUACUUUGUGCUUUAUUUGUGAAUCAUGGAAGUUUUUUUGCUAAUUAAUGGUAGAAUUAUUUGCAAUGUAAAAUGAAAAGUAUUUCAUGUUUCGUAGCAGGUGUUUCCUUUCUGUACUCAUGAAUGUCUUUUCGUAGCUACUUUCAAUGAUUGUGAUAAAUAUGCUUCAGUCAUUUAUACUGUGGCCAAUAAAACAUUCCAACUUUGUA